GACUUUCUACGCUUUCAAGAAUGGACACGAAUUUUACGAUGUCUUCGAUAUGAACCAUGGUCCCUGGGUUCUUCCCGGGUGCGCCGUAGGUGGCGACGUGUCUCAGUAUCACUCUGCCCGAGUAUCUGGGCCAAAAUGUUGACCAAAGUACCGAAUGAUGACCCUAUUUCUGUGCUGAUGACCACAUUAUUGUUUUUUGUGAUCUGCGAACUCGACUUUUCUAUCAUAGAUUCAUUUCAUCAGCAUGUCAACCAGCACAGAACCUUUGGACGACAUAGUAUCACAAUCGAAGCUAUAGAGAUCCGCCAAUUUCAACGGUCUUCCAUGGUUAAUGGGACAUCUUUUGUCUGUCCGCGGAAACGUUCCCAAUCUCGAGAAACAAAAGUGCAGAUUACUGGGCUGCAUCUGGAGAUAGUGAGGAUGAGGCGUGGCUGGCGUAAAGAACCUGAAGACGUAAUGGAACAGUACAUGGACAACUUGAAGGAUUUGAGGGAAGAGAACUGACGGCUUCGUGCCCUGCUACGACGAGGGUAUUAGAAUCUAACACAUUUUUGAUUACCGCUCAUGACUUUUCACAUUAUAACUUGCUAAUGACGAACUGUUGUGAUCAGG